AUGAAGAAGAGAAAGGUGAAGGGGAUUCAAGGCGAUUCCAACAGCUCCAAGAAAAAGAGGAGAGAGGACGAGAUAAGUGAAGGUGAUUUUGCUGCACCAUUCUUGUUCAGAGGAAUUAUUUUCAUAUUAAUGUACUUUUUCUGGUUGAGGCUACAAAUCAUCAGGCUACACUUCAUUUUUUCGAGCUGGUAUUCUAACCUUCCUUGACUAAAGCUUCUAAGUUGCAUUUGAAACUUUUGCUCGCUUCCCUAUGGCAGUGAUGCCAUCUCAGUGGUAUAGAUCUCCCGAUAAUUCUGAAAACGGUCUAUCGUGGUAAUUAGAUAGCGUUUAGUGGCGAUUAUUUCGAUGGAUGAGGACAGAUAUACAAUGUUAUUUCAGCUCGGGUGCUGAUCUUGCCAUAUGGGGAUUGCUAUUGGGGAGCUUGUUAUAAUUGGGUGAACAACAUUUAGUCUAGGAAGUAGAAUAAGAUUCUAAAAUUCGUACUUUGUCUCUACUUCAGACUUGAUUGCCAAUAAUUUCCAAGAUGCAUGAAAGUUGGAUUUUAGUGAAAUCACGGUGUUUAUGAAGAGCUGUCCAGAGAAUGAUCCGGAGGGUGGCAGCGUGUUGUCUCAGAAGCCAAGUUUUUCAGUGGUUUCUGCCUAGGAAUAAUUGGAGAUAUAUGGACAAGGAAAUUGAAAACUUGGUCCAUCCGCAAAAUCUGGCAUUUAAUGUCAAUGCCGACCUGUGAGGAAUUGGGACAUGGCUUUGCUUUAUUGCAGGUGCUUACAUAACAUGAUUGGAUAAUUGAAGCGCUCAUAAAAUAAAGUGAAAUGUAGAAGGUCAAGUUCCCUUUUGAAGUUAGAGCCUCAGCAUAUCGUAUCAGAACUUCGUUACCAAAUGGAAUGUUAAAUGCCCAUCCGUUUCGGAGUUUUAACAUUGUUUGCCUUUCUUUCAGCAAGUCCAAUCUUUGUGUAGUGCGGUGACAACCUGGCACUUCCAUCCUUACAUUUCUGGAAAUCUAGCAUGUUACUAGAGGAGCUUGAUUAUAGAUUCUAAAUUAUCAGAAAUAAAAUUUAACCUCAUUUUGGAGUGGGCAUAGAGAACUGGCAACGUGAACAGACUUGAUAUGCAACUUUAAUUUGUCAAUUUUACUCAUUCAGGUGGGAAACGGAGACCAGCAGCAGAAGAAGCCGGACCGGUGUUGAUGACAAAGAUGAAGAAGAGAAAGGAGAAAAGUGUUGAUGGCGAUUCUGACAGCUCCAAGAAGAAGAUGAGAAAGGAGAAAAGAGUUGAUGGCGAUUCUGACAGCUCCACGAAGAAGAUGAGAAAGGAGAAAAGAGUUGAUGGCGAUCAUGACGGCUCCAAGAAGAAGAUGAGAAAGGGGAAAAGACUUGAGGGCGACUCUAGCAGCUCCAAGAAGGAGAGGAGAAAGGAGAAAACGAGUGAAGGUGAUUGUACAGCACCAUUCAAAUUACUCCCCAAGAUAAUUUCGUGUAAAACAUAUUUUUCUCUACGCUUUUAGCAUGCUUGAUUUCGCUCCAUGGUGUUUAUUUUUGGAGUGAUCAUAUCAUGACGUUGAUUCGACUGAUAUUGAAAAAAAUAGCCGACUAAUAAUUUUGAACUGAAGUUGAAACUAUUGCGUCCUUUCCUGGCACAAGCAAUAGCAUCAUAUCAGUAUAUAUCUGAUAGAAGUUAGAUUACUUUUUUUCAAUAGUUCUUUUUAAUGGACAAGGAAAGUUCCACGACUUUACUUCAACUAGAAUGCAGAUCUCAUUUCAUGUUUCUUCAAGUUAAUCUCAGUCUCUUCCUGCCUUCGCUUUAUUUUUGGUGGGAAAUGAGAAUUAGACCUGAGUUGGGAGCAUUUGCCAUGCUCGAGCUGACACUCUAUCCGUCGUUGUAUGCAGUGACAUAAAUGUACCUUAAGGAAAACUUGAUGGCAGUCAAUAACUUUGAUUGCUUCUUGAAUUCCUAAUCCCUUAUCUUCCAUGUGAAUAGACCACUGCCACAUUGAUGGCAACGAAUUUCUAUUGCGUUGAUGAUCUGUGGAUUAAUUAAUACCGAUGAUUUUCGCAAAAAAUAUUCCAGCUAUCAUUUGCAGUACCUAAUGUAUUAAUUUUCAUGCUUUUACGUAAGUGUUGAGAUCUCAAUAAUUGAGAAAGGGGAAAAUUAACAUUGGUACUUUAGAUUAUGAUGAUUUAUAGAGUUUACGUUGUACUUUCGUUUCUUUGUGAGGCUCGAUGUCAGCAUCUGGUUGACAGGGUGAUUGUCCCUAAAAGUUACAACAUGAAUUAAUGAUCUUGAAUUUCGAUACGUCAUUCUAUCAGUCUCAAGGAUCAAUGUUGCAUUUUUAUGUGCAUCAAGAUUGGAGCCUACUUAGUUUUAGUUUUUAGGAGAAGCAACUAUUGGGGCAUGUAGUUUAUUUAUUAACUAGGGAAAAUCUGUUGGGGUAUGUAGCCUUUACACCAGGAGCCUGUUGCCAUAGCUGCCUCAUAUUUAAUGGAGCAGCUUCUAUCUUGUAUGACAAGGAUCCUUCUUCUACAUUGUGGAUUCAGUGCAGUCGUGGAUAUAGUGUAAUUUGAACCGGCUAAAAUUUCUGUGGUAUGGUUUACGUUUGCUUCUAAAGUUUUCAUAUCUGCUUGUUCAGUUCUCUCUUCUUCAUCGUCUCCCACAGGCUGUGCAAUGGCAUCACUCGUCUUAAUAAGCUUUAGUUCAUUCAUAUUAAGGAUUUAUGCUAAAACAUAGAAAAUGAUUAUAUCAUCCUCACCUCACUAUCUGUUGCUGCUUUAGUAAAGAAACCCUAUAAGGGUGCGGCUCAUGAACACAUCCUGAAAAAAUAUAUAUAUUAUACAUGGCAUCUCUUUCUAUUUUGCAUUGAAUGUUGCUAAAAAUACCUCAGUAGAUGUGCUAUGAAUAUGGUGCAAUUUCUUGUUAGUUUGAGACUAGUCUGCUGGCAGGUGAGACCAGGAAAACUGGAAGAACGAGGAAGGAAGCUCCCUUAUUGAAAAGAGGAAAACAAUCAACAGAAAAUAAAUUUGAUGUCGAGGAAGAAACAGUCCAGGCAAUCUCUUCAGUGAACGAAGAUCGGUGUGGAGGAAUCAAAAGUAUUCAUCAUUUCUUUUAUUCAUUUCAGUUCUAGAAUUCUGUUUCAUCGUUUUCUAUGUUACUUUUCUUGAGGUAGUUUGGUCUCUUGGAUGAUUGAUAAAACUAAAAAGGUUCUAAAUUUUCUUGUUCAGGUUAUUUGUGUGACCCUUGGAAACCUAAAAAAUGCAAUUUUUGUGUGACUUUGUUAAUGUAAUUUAUGCCUUUUCGAGUAGUAUCAUUAUAAACUUUUUAUUUCCCCCCCAUAAAAUGCCUUUUAAUUCAGCAACAUAGACUACCUAUUUGGUGUUCUUCUAAGAUAGCUUUUUCUGGAUAUCUGUCAUCUUAUUCUUGCUUAUCACUUUUAUUAUUUGAUAUAGAUACCCUGGGCCGCUUCUUAUUAUGAACUAAAUACUUAUCUUGGAGAGUUUGUUUGUUUGAAGUAUAGUUGAAAUGGGCACCCUAAGUAAUACCAAGUUGGCAGAGUUGGCACCCUAAACAUGUAGAAUAUGAAAUGGAAUAAGACCUGAAACCAAGUUGGCAGAGUGGCUUGAUGGUAUUAUUCAAUGUGUACAAGUUCGAAAAUGAAUAAAAACGAUAAAAUUUUAUUUACUAUAGUUGAAAUAUCAUAAAAACAGCUUUUUGAAAAGCAGUGAACAAAUUACGGUGCUAUUGAGGCCAUGCCAGUGAGAAUCUUUGGUAUACUUUGAAAAAUGCUGUGGUCCUAGUUGAACGUUAAUGUUAAAUGAAGAUCCCUGACGGAAAGUUGUUUUCUCUGAUUUUACGUCUGGUUUUCUUGAGUAUUUGGCUCGACUGGGCACCCUAAGUAAUACCAUUCUCAUCGAUUGCUCACUUAUACAGCAGAAGGGAUUGAUGAGUAAAAAACAUUGACUCAAAUGACACUCAUGGGUUUAUGUUCUUGGGAUCUGAAUUUACUACGAUGGGAGCCCUUAAGGUCUUCUUGACGUACCCAAAUUGAGCUGUUCGAUGUUUUCUCUUGCCUAAAUUUUAAUGAGAUUUCUGACCUGAAAAGAUCGUAUAAUAUUAUUUCCCUGUUAUGUAGGAAGAAAAUAUUUCACGAACUGGCAAUCAUUGCUUUUGCUUUGGUUGCAUCAUAUACUGUGUUAUUGCUGGCCAUUGUUUUAAACUAUCUUAGGUUUCGCCAGUCUACCUGAAUUUCAGUGUUUGCUCAGUAUGCUAUUGUCUGUGGUCUUCUUGAGGCAUUCCCACAAGUUUUGAUGAUAACUAGGAAUAAAGAUUGUUUUUCAAUCUUUAUUCUUUGACACAACCUUGAGUAUUCAUGAAGAGGAGUAAUAUUUUUUGGUAUUCUGUAUUGUUCUGCUUGUUCUUUGUACUAGUGUGUCUUUCUGCCAUUUAUAGGAGAGAAUGAGAUUUAGACUUGGCUCGGUAGCAAUUUUUAUUUUUCAGGUGGUACGCUAUCCCAAGUGAUAAAAUUCUACGUUAAUGAUAUUAUAAUUCACACGGAUAUCUAACACAAAACUUGUGGAUGCUUUUUGGAGGUCGAAAUCUGGAUCUUGUAGUUGCAUUGACCCUCAAAAUUCAUGGCAAUAUUGGAUGAUCCGUUGAGGCAUAAAUGUCGAUUUUUUUUAGAAAACUUCCUUAAAGAUUAUUCUAGCUUUCCAGUCAAAUGUCCUUUCAGAAAUUUGAAACUUUCACAUAAUGUGGGAAUUUUGAUCAGGAAUAAAAUAAACAGAGUAAAAGCAGUAGUUGCCAACCUGUGAUAAUUGAUAGGUGUAGAUCAUUGGGCCCAGUUGCACCAGAUUUUGUCCAUGUGAGAUGAUUCCUUGAGCCUAUUCAAAAUUCGAACGGCCUUGAAAUGCAUGAACCAUUAGUUUCAAAUAUUUUUCUGUCAUCCCACCAGGUCAAGGAUUAAAAUUGCAUUUUUCAUGCGCACCACUUUUGGAACCUGCGCCACUUGAGUUUCUUUGCAAUGCACGCUCUUGCACAUAUAUACCGAGAAUAUAUAUAUAUAUAUACAUAUAUAUUAUGUAAAAUGUAUCACGAAAUCUACAAGACGACAGUUCACAAUGUAAGCCGCUUGUUGCUUUCUUCAGGUUUGGCUUCUUAUGAAGCUGAUGCAACAGGAAUAACGAUAUAUGAGGUUGACUUGGAAUAACGAUCUGUUGUAUUAUAAGUAAUGGGAUCAGUUUUAGGACGCCCAAUUAGAUUUUAGUAACUAGCUUUAAAUAGGCUGCGGGCUCAUGAAUACAUUUUAAGAGAAGGGCGCACUAAAUGUGAUGCCUUUUCCUGUUGUUGAUUUAAAUGAAUUGAAACCGCCAUUAGUAGCUUUUUCUAGAUAUGAGGUGAAUUUCUUGCUCUUUUCUAACAGUUUCUUUGUGCAGGUGAGUCCAAGAAUGCUGCAAGAAGGAAAAACAAGGAGACCCUCUUAUUGAAAAAAGAGAAAAGAUCUACUGAACAUAAAGUUGAUGCAAAAAAAGGGCCGGUUGCGGAAAUUUCUUCAGUGGAUGAAGAUUGCUCCAGAGGGAUGAAAAGUACUCGUCAUUUCCUGUUUGCCUUCGCAUUAGAUUUAUCUAGUCAUGCGAUUCCAGAUGAGCCACCUUUUUUAUUCCAACUCUAACGCCCCUUAGAAUUACGUUGUCUCAUCAGUUCAUUCCUUGAAAUGCAUUGAUUUUCGUCUAUAUCGUGCUGGAUGGUGAUAUUUUGAAGUUUGUGGUCCAGGAAUUUCUUUUAAAGUGCGGUUUGACCUCCUCCAAGAUUUUUGAUAACUGAUUUGAUUUGCCUUGCCUUAUGAUAAUAAGGUGAAGCAGGCCGGGCUUCAUUGUGAUUUAAGCUGCUGAAUUUUUGUCGAUCUGUAUUCGUACUGAUUCGCUUGAUUAUCCCUUUCACAUUUUUUUUACUUGAGUAAACCAUGAAUUAUUAAUUUUUAAAAUCGUUGCAGAUACAUCUGCCCAGCAGACCGAUUCACUUGGUUGUCCUUUUCGUACAUUUUUUUUAUUUGAAAAAAAUAUAAUUCAUUAAAUUUUUAAUUUUCGCUGAUGGCCGGCAAAAGUUAGUUUACCAGAGAGGUUAACGCCGAUCAAGGUAAACUGUUUUGGGUCAUCCGGCAUCUACUAAUGCCAUCUUAGAAUUUCAUAAUAUUUUUCAUCUUAAAAGUUGAAAGAAACCCCCAUCUCCAACCAGUUAGUGUUGAGGCUGUUCCACAGGAAUCUCUCUCUCUCUCUCUUUCUCUCUCUCUCUAAUGCCCAUCACCCCAUGAUGCAUUUUAAGAAAUAAUCGUCAACUAUUUAUAUAUAUAUAUAUUUAUAUUUUUCUUCCUGUGAUCAGAAUGGGUCAUGGAGUACCAGCAGAGAAGACCCGGGCUGGAUGUAAUACAACAGAGACUCAACGAGUUUAUAGCCUCAUACGAAGCCGAACAGGAACAGGUAUAGAGGCUCUCUCAUUAUUAUUACUAUUAUUAUUAAUUAUAAGGUAUUUUCUCGUAUAAUCGUCGGAUUAGUUUCUAACUUAGCAUCUGCUUCUCAUUUUACCAGGCUAAGAGAGAGAGGGAGGCUCGCGCCGCAGGGGAGGGAUGGACGGUGGUGGUUCACCACAAGGGAAGGAAGAAGACGACCGACUCUGAGAGUGGGGUUGCUGUGGGCUCCGUCUCCCAGGCUGCCGUUGAGCAGAAGAUGACCCAGAAGAAGGAGAAGGAGCUCGCUUUGGAUUUCUACAGAUUCCAGAGGAGGGAAGCCCGUAGGAAUGGUGAGUGGGGCCUACCUUUCUCCAUGAAUAGACAUCUGACCAGGUCAAAAUCUUCCCACUUUAGACCGGUUUUAUUGUGAGUUCGGCCAGAGUCGGUCAACCCAGCUGGUCUCAAAUGGCUGCUGCACCUGUGGAAAGCCAGACACCUGAAUCGCCUGUCCAAUCGACCGGGCUAGGCUACAUUUUACAGGCUCAUCAUGGUCAACUCUGGCUGCUGUGGUCAGUCGACUGACCUGCGACUCCAGAGACGGAACUUUAUGGUCUGUAUAUUCUUACUAAAAUCGGGUAGAUCAUGGCCAAGAUUGCUCGGCCCUGAUUGGCCCUGCCUGGUUCUGUGGGUCAGUCAAGGUCAACUCUCCCAUCCAUGGUCUGUCUUCUGAUGUGGUCCCGAGGGCCCAUUUUAUUUUCAUAAAUUAUUCUUUUUGUUUCUACAGCAGACAUGAACCGAAAAUAGAUUUGGACAGGUCUCUUGAUGUGGAGAGGGGCAGAUUUCUGGUUUUCUCACUGUGAAUCAUCAUUCCAUGCGCCUUUGCAGAGCUGAUGAUCCUGCAGAGCAAGUUUGAGCAGGACAAGAAGAGGGUGCAGCAACUGAGGGCUGCCAGGAAGUUCCGUCCAUACUGA